AUGUCCAAAUGGCGCGUCAAAGGAUUCGUCCAAGACUCGGAUGAAGAAGAGGAGGAUAUCGAGUUCUCGAACGCAAACUCCGCUAGAAGCAGUCAGCACGCACAUAAUGUGGGUGACACCGCGAAGCACUAUCGCAGCGAGAAUCGAUCAAAUACAGCCAGCAAGGACGCACUUGUAAGGGAAACUUCUGUUCGGACGAUAGCGCCUCCCGACGAGCCCGUGGCGUCUCCAAAAGCUUCUGCUAAGGAUCUGGAUGCCAGAGAGCGGUCUGAGAGCCCUGAUCCUCUUCUAGGCUCGCCCACCCCAAAAGCGAAGCGGGUCGGCAACCAUUCAUAUUCAUCGCAAAUUCUUGGGGUACCCAGUAUUUCGCAGGGGACGCAAGAGUCAGCUUUCGGUAACACUGGCAAUGGGAGAGCGAAGAAUGCGUAUCUGCUUGACUUUUCCGACGACAGCGAUCUUUCUGACCCUCCUUCCGACCUCGAUGAACUGCACCCGGAAGAGUUCAGGCGUGAUGCUGAAACCCGCCCGGAACAAACCAUUUUUGCGUCACCAACACAUAGGACGACGGUGCAAGUCGUGAUUCCACCCUUUACAAACCGGGAACGACAACCGCAAGUAUUCGGCCGAUAUGUCGACCGAUCUUUUCGACAGCGGAAACCGAUUCAGCUGCAUCCAUAUCUUCUGGAGGGGGAAAAAUAUCGUCGAGAUCUGCAGGGGAGAGGGGUGAAGCCGGUGAUCAGAGUGCUGUCACCAAAGCGGAAGCCCCAUCACAGUGAUCAGGAAUCGCAGGAACAGGAGUUCGAUCCGAAAAAAGAUUUACCGCCCAACAGUUCUCCAGAAAUCCCUGUGUCUACCCUGAUUGUUCGACGACGUACAGAAGGCGAUCAAGGCGGCUCAGGUCAAAGAAUUUUAGAUCGGCCACGAUACACGAAGCCAACUUCCACUAUCCACAGCAGCGCAAAGAGAAGGAAACCGGGUCGGUCACCACGUCCAUCUUCAGCGUCCCGGCAACUAUCCACUAUCCAAAACAACACAUCUACUGCUGACGUGUGGGCUGUGCCUCAAUCGCCUCCUUACUCCAGCAGCCCUCCGAUUGAUCGAUCUGUGCGAAAUCAGGUCAGAAGAACGAUGGUCACCCCUAUCCCAAAUCUACCUACGCCUUCGAACUCGUCCAGCGUGCUUGCAGCAGGGGACAUGAAUUCUGAUGAUGAGCCAGUUCGUAGCGUGCAUCGUUUAGGUCAAGGAGCGAAUCAGCCUAUUCCUAUUCUUAGCGACAGCUCGUCUUCGGAUACUGAAGCUUCAGAGAACGAAACCCAGGGCAGCGACCAUGAAAUACAGAAGGUGGGAAAGAGAAUAAGAGGCGUCCUUCCUGCGUCAUGGCUCCGCCUCGAUCUUCAGGCUCAGGAAAAGCGUGACAAGCAGAGGAGAGACCGAUUGCAUACCCUCCAAUCCCCGGGGCAAGCGGAACCUCAGCGUGGUGUUGCUCAGAAAGUCGUCCGGCGCCAGGCAAUGCCUUCAGGAGUAGCUGGCCCGAUUUCAACUAACAAUCGCGUCAUAGAACUCUCAGACGAGUCUGACGGUGACGCCGACGCGCCCGCCCCUCAGAUCUCGAACGCUCAAGACUCGACCCGCGCAGCAUUUGAGACAGCUGCUAUGCUUGAUCGCCGAUACGCCGACGAGAAUUUAGACACCAUGGAGAACGAUCGCUUGCAUCUUUUUACACUCGGUGGUGGCAAGAAACGAAAGAAGCAGUCCAUGUUGACAGAUAUGUUCGAGGCAUCGAAGAGAAGAAAGGUCAAAGAAAGAGGGGGCAAGCAUAGUAAAGCAACUUUCGGGUCGUAUGCAACUUCCAAAGCGCGGAAACGUACGCCGCCGCCUGCUCUUAGUAUUUUAGAUGUCGAGCAGUCGCCUUCAAAAGAGCAAAGGCUACCACAAUUCCUGCGCAUUGCAAGGCGACAGGCUCACCGAAGACCAGAUCAUGCCCGCCAGUCUCCAACCAACAAAUACAUCAGGCUGCAUACUGCACAGGAUACACAAGACGCGAAUGCUACUCUUAGGGAGUGGAGACGUGGUGCUAUCAGGCCAAGAGCUAAUAUUGCGCAAUCCAGCCGUAGACCAACGGCCCGCAGACCUUUCGUUGAUCUAGAUCAUAAUCAACGGUUGCUGCUUGGUGACGCUGACAUAGCUCUUCAGGACUCGGAGUCCGCGAGGCAACCCUCUUCCCCAACCGGGCCGACGCAGCUGCGCGAGAAACAACGACUUAGCAUAAGACAUACGAAUCAGCCAAAAGCACCUACGCCAACACGAAAGAAGCUAUCGCAGCAUAGCAGGCCACGCCCUCUUCCAUUCAGAGACGCUCAACUGGAGGGGUUAGAAACAGAUCAAGGGUCCAGCGCCCGUAGGGCUGCUUUUCAAAGAGGCCUAAAACGCGUCGAUCGGCUGUUCGAUCUUCAUCAACCACUUAUCAACCCUCGAAAUCCUCAAUUAGCUCGUUUUCUUGCCGAUGACGAUGUCAUUCUUCCACCGCUGCCAUCCGUAGAGAGUGCAGAGAAUACAGCCCCGUCCUCACCGAUACCGGAACCGCCCAUUAUCAGGAAACGCCUCGUCCGAAAGCCUCGAGCGCAGCGUGUCGACGUUGAAAUCAGAGAAUACCGACAACCAAGUGAGCCAGUGGUAGACGACUACCUUAGGGGUGUGCCAGACCCGCCUAUCCUUGACCCUGACCCAGGGCAAGCAGAUCAACCUUCGCUACAGGGUCUAGGCCCACAUGGCACUCGAUAUCCCACCACCUUCGACGUUUCGCCUUUACCGGACGGUACGUAUUUCCACGUCACUACAUUCGUCGGUUCCGGCGUCCUGCGUCGAGCAUUGGCCUUGAAUCAGAGCAACGCAAGAAACCUGGAUGAACCAGCGGGUUAUUGUAACGUCGAUUGUCUCCGAACGUCUGUCAGAUGUGGCCCAUGGGAAGACAGCAUAGCCGCACGCAUCGCAGAUUCUACGAACGACAUAUGGAAUAGCAUUACCCGCCGAAAUGAGGAUGACGACUCCCUCUGGUCUGAUCGAAGCUGCUUCGAGAACGCAUCUAACGUCACCCGGUCGCUCAUUGUUUACUUUUCUUCACAUCUCAGCUUCCACGACCCUAUCGACCGAAACCCUUUCAUCAUAAAAAUGGGACAAUGGGCUACUUCUAUGUACGAAAGGAUCAUGUCGCACGGUGACGAAGGUCGAAAGUCGGACUCGUUAGCGAAGGCCAGGUCUUUAGGACUUUUGCUGGUUCUGACGUUUCAGAUCUACAAGAUUGCACACCAUUCCGUUGUGGAACAAUCGUCCAAGUCUGAUUUACUGGUGCUAAUCACCAGUAUUGGCAAAAGUCUCGUAGGAGACAUCCUUGAUCAUAUAUCAGAUCUCAGCGACUUUUUGGAAAACAACCAGCGAUACAACGUCCGAGAGAGCGGUAUACGGGAUUCCGAUGCAGUAGUUGAAGGGCUUGUUAUCUGCCUACACACGCUCUCACAGGCUGGCUUACCGGGAAUUACAUUCUGGGAUCUCGUUGGGCAGUCACUGUCACCGGCAGCCAAGAGGGCAACCCAAUUGAUGGAAUUCGAGUCGAUCUGGGGCACUAUAUUCACUCUGCUUCCGUUCAUUGAAUUUAAUGACCUUGGCAUUCCUUCACGAGGCCGUCGAACAUCGUUUAGAGAAGACAACUGGACGACUGUCAGAGCACUGCUACAACGAACUUUCGCGUUGUAUCCUGCCACAUCGAAGGUGAACAAUUCUUCUUUAGACGACUACAUCCGAGCAGUCAUGACAAGGUGCCACGAACUUGUACAUUUCUGGCAUUGGAAUCGUUGCGAUCCGGCUCUGUACACCAUGUUUGAUUUCUUCGUAGCGAAGAACGGUUUGAAGCAUCUGAAGAGAGAACAGGGUAACGGCUUGGCCAGCUUCCUCGAACAGAUCAACGACGGAUCUUUUAGCCGCAUUGAACCGAACACGAGGUCUUUCCAUAUCUUCCUCAAGUGUUUGUAUAUUGGCAUUCGGGGUAUGCAAGAUUGCUAUCCAGAGAAGAAGCUUCGUAGUGUUGUGUUACGCCUUAUCCCAAACCAUGGACGAAGCUAUCCUAAGGACCAACCUUUGGAAGUGGAGAGUUUGGAGGCUUUGCAGAACCACCACGAUAUUCUAUGCACGCUAUACCGGGCUUCCCCGUUGCCAUGUCGUCCCAACUUGGAGUUGAUCAAGAAUCUUGUGCACCACGAAAAUUCACAUCGAGAGGCAUGUCGGAUAGGCAUACGUUCAUGGGCGAACCUAGCCAAGUUCCAACUAUCAUCUGAUGAGCCAUACAAUUCCCUGCAACCCUUUGCACAAUGGCACCAAGAUAUCAAGACGCAAACGUUGAAGCAAUAUCUGCUAGCUAAAACAGAAGCUGAGGAGUAUCUCAAGUCCGACGUACUAAACAAGUCAGAAGCCACCUCGUUGAUGGUUAGACGAACCAUGGAGAAAAACCAGGAUCAAGUGAUCGCAUCACUGCGAGACUGUAUCGCUGGCUUGCUCAAGGCUCUUGCUGUUCGCCAAACUCAGGUCCUGCUCAAAGAAUUCCUCGUGGAUGCUGGACUGGUUCAGUUACUCGAACUUCCGCACCUUCAGGAUCGACGUCUGGUAGUCGUAAUUCGAGACGCACUGGGUGUGCUGCGGGCGUUUGCAAGUCUACCGCGUCAAAUCACUACAGAAACCGUAAUUCCUGAACCAGAGGAAGAAAGUCAGGAUUACGGUGAUUCCUUCGACCUGGCCGACUUUAUGGAAGUUGAUCAUGAACUGCAACAACCUUACGACUUUCUGCAGAGCCCGCUGUGGCAUCUGCUUUCCAAUGCUUUCGGCGCCGAAGCGUCACCAGAUGAUAGCCUUCUCAUGGACUGCAUUGAUACCUGGUGUCUCAUCGCUCGUUGUCAAGUAUCCCUAGGCGCUCGCUCGUGGACCUACUAUUUGGAUUCUUUCAGCCAAGUAUCGUGGCAACAACUGCGGCGCACAGAACAAACGCAAAAAUUUCGCCCAUACUUUUUGGCUUCGGUCUUGGGUUAUGAUUCGACGUCUUAUUCUCAACAUCGCCUUGACUUUCUGAAUGCAUUGCUUGUAUCGCUCGUUGACCGGGAGUCGCUGUUGAGGUUUCAACAUCGCUUGCUGUCCGCCAUUAUAACUACAAUUCCUGAUGAACCGCUUCUCAAGGACUUACCAUUUUAUGAUGAAAAAGGCAACGGAUCGCUAGACAUACACGCCGACACUGUCAGGGCACGGCGACUAGCGUUGAUCUCCGUGAUCCUGGCCAACAUGCGAGGCGACUUUCUCAAUGCCAUCCAUGAGGGUGCAGCACGUCUUGGGGAGGUGAAACGUGGUUACGCCGCACUUCUGAAAGAUCUUAUGAAUGCCAUGAAAUCCAACUACCAGCAGCUCGGCUCCGGAACCACCGUAACUGGCACAUACGUCGAGUUCGUCCAAAGAGUCGUUCAGUUUCUUCAACAAUAUACGACCGAUAUCCAUCCGGUUCUCGACUUCUUCACCAACUCAAUUGCAUUCCCGCUUCCAGCAGCCGAUCCGACAUAUGUGGUAGGUCGUUUGUGUGGGUACGCGCCUAAACUUUCUCAAGCGGGCAUUCCGAAACAGCUGUCCGUCUUCGUGCAGACGAUAGCACAGCAAGCUGCUACUGGAGGCCACCAGUCGUAUCUAGUCCACCAAUUACAAACCGUCCUUUGUAGGGACGAAGCUCCUCCAAAGGAUCGGGAUGCUUUACGCGAUGCGCUUCUACAGGGUAUAUUUCCAGCGUACGUCGAAGCGGCCUUCACUUCUGCUGUCGGCUUCGUGAUUGCCCAGCCAAUCCUGCAAUCUCUGCCCCCAAUUAUUGAAGCUAUGCGCUUCAGCAUCAGGAUUUACGACGAUGCAAAUGUUCAAGCCAUUUGCGACUGCCUCCUGGCAAUCUCUCACGCGUUCUUCCGAGGCAUUGCGAAAAUCAAAGAUGGCGAUGUAUUGUUACGAUCGCCGUACAUCCUCCAAGCACCUUCUCUCAUGUUCGAGAUUGCCACCCCGAUAGCUCUCCUGCUGGACUACAUUUGCGGCAGAUGUUCAGAGUCGGCGAUGAAGCCUAGGAUCGUCCAAUACUUUCAAAGCCUCGCCCUCUUUAUUGGUGAGAUGUUGCACGAAGUGACACCACAAAGCAUUCCAUCGUACUCUGGCGAUGUAAGCCAGCCGAAGACGAAAAUCACAGGCCUCCUGCCCUUCUCUGUGGACGGACUACAAUCAGGAAUCAAGGCGAACUGGAGUGCCAGUGGGGACUAUAUAUACUUCGGGCAAGGUCACGCAAAGCGGGAAGUGUUGAUUGACUGGAGUACAGUGGACGAAGCGAAAACGAACCUCAUUGUGACAAUGGAAGAGUUUCUCGCCACCGCUUCGUUGCUGAAUGACGAAGCACGAGAUGACGAACAUUUGGAGAUGGAUGCGUCGAUAGGCGAGCUCGAUGUGUAG